AUGGAGACGCAGCUGGACUUCUUCCAGGAGAGCUUUCCAUCAGGAAAGGAGUCUGGGGAGUUCCUCCAGGACUUUGACGGAGAGGAGAAGUUCCACGUGGAUUUGGACCGCAAGGAGGACGUCUGGCGGCUGCCCGACUUCACCCACUUCACCAGCUUCGAUGCCCAGGGGGCCCUCAACAACUUGGCCAUCAUGAAGUUCAACCUGGGGGUCCUCAUGAAGCGCAGCAACCGCACUCGGGCCCAGAAUGUGGCUCCUUCAGUCAGCGUCUACAACAAAGGCCCCAUGGAGCUUGGGGAGCCCAAUGUCCUCAUCUGCUUCGUGGACAAUUUCUCUCCUCCGGUGGUGAACAUCUCCUGGCUGAAGAACGGGGAAGAGGUCUCUGAAGGGGUGCAGGAAACUGGCUACUACCGCAGCGUGGACUUCACCUUCCGGAAGUUCUCCUACCUGCCCUUCGUCCCGGAGGAUGGAGACUUCUACGUCUGCCGGGUGGACCACUGGGGUCUCCAGGAUCCUCUGACCAAGAUCUGGUAUCCCCGGAAGCCGGUUCCCAUCCCGGAGACGGCAGAGAACGUGGUCUGUGGCCUGGGCUUGGCCCUCGGCAUCCUGGGGGUCAUUGUGGGCCCCAUCCUCUUCUUCAAGGCCAGGAAGAUGAAGGAGGGCAAUGGCCUCCAUCAUGGCAGCAGCAGGGGACCCUUGUGAGGAGGAGGAA